CGGUGUGGGGUUGGCUAAGGGGAGCGAGAGUCCGCUGCUGCGUUUCUGUCUCUUCCUCUGUGGUCUGGUCGCGGAAUCUUGCGCCCUUGGCCGUUCCUCUUCUCUUCCGGCGGAGAGCUUACGAUGUGGUGAUGCCAGCCAGACUGCUGAGAGCCCUGGUCAGAUCUCACUGUAUUUUAUCAAAAGCAUAUCAGUGCCGAAGACUUGUUUAUCUAACAUUAAAACCACUGAAGAAAUGUGAAAAUACAGCAGGCAGCACUCUGGCAAUCAGUCAAAACCUGGAUUUGGUCUUUCCUGAUACAGCAGUUCAUGGUUUGAAUAAGUCUCAGAUCUUGGAAAUGAACCAGAAAAUAUCAAAUACAAGUAUCUUUUCUCCAAUAAAUGCUGUACGUUGCCAGGAUGAAAAAGCACACCUUCCAGCCACGAAAUCUUUAGGUAUUCACAGGAAAGUGACUCACAAACCAAAUCUGUUGGGUUCUAAGUGGUUUAUAAAAAUCUUAAAGAAGCAUUAUUCAUCUGUGUCAACGGAAACACUUGUCCCAAAGCAAGACUUUCCACAAAUCAAGAGACCACUGAAAGCCUCCAGGACCAAGCAGCCAUCCAGGACCAACCUUCCUGUGCUGUCCGUGAAUGAGGACCUGAUGCACUGCACAGCAUUCGCAACAGCAGACGAAUACCAUCUUGGAAAUCUUUCCCAAGAUUUGACUGCCCAUGGAUAUGUUGAAGUGACGAGUUUGCCUAGAGAUGCAGCAAAUAUCUUGGUGAUGGGUGUAGAAAAUUCUGCAAAAGAAGGUGAUCCUGGAACAGUAUUCUUCUUCAGGGAAGGAGCUGCUGUGUUUUGGAAUGUGAAAGACAAAACUAUGAAGCAUGUGAUGCAAGUUCUAGAAAAACACGAGAUUCAGCCCUAUGAAGUUGCAUUGGUACACUGGGAAAAUGAAGAGCUUAACUACAUAAAAACAGAGGGGCAGUCAAAACUGCACAGAGGGGAAAUCAAGUUAAAUUCAGAACUGGAUUUAGAUGACAGCAUUCUAGAGAAAUUUGCCUUUUCAAAUGCUCUUUGCCUUUCAGUGAAACUAGCUAUUUGGGAAGCAUCACUGGAUAAAUUUAUUGAAUCUAUUCAGUCAAUUCCAGAGGCUUUAAAAGCUGGGAAGAAGGUGAAGCUAUCUCAUGAAGAAGUUAUGCAGAAAAUGGGUGAACUCUUUGCCCUAAGACAUCGUAUAAAUUUGAGUUCAGACUUCUUGAUCACUCCUGAUUUCUACUGGGACAGAGAAAACCUGGAAGAACUUUAUGAUAAGACCUGCCAGUUCCUCAGCAUUACUCGUAGAGUUAAGGUCAUGAAUGAAAAGCUUCAACACUGCAUGGAACUGACAGAUCUAAUGCGGAACCACCUGAAUGAAAAGAGGGCCCUCCGCCUGGAGUGGAUGAUCGUCAUCCUCAUCACUAUAGAGGUAAGAGGGAUACUUUCCCCUCAGUCACUGCCUGUCUAAAAUAGAUGCUGUGGUAAUAAUGAAUUUGAGAUAGAAAAUUGUAGCAGAAGUAACAGGAUCAUUUUGUUUCUAACUACUAAAUAGGCUGUCUGGAGGUGAGGUGAAGUUUCAGAUGACUGACUGGUAUUGUCUCAUAAAUGCACUAAAUGUAAUUUCUGAAAGAAGUUCCAGAUUUCUGAAGAUAGCAUUUGGAAAAGGCUCUAGCUAUAAAUUUAUAAUAUAUAGCCCAGCAUCAACUAACUAUGCCUCAGACCUGCAGCUCGCCAUCUGGGAAGGGCAAAUAUUUCCUCUUAUUUUAGGAGCAUUUUUUAUCACUUACAAUCUUGGAAAAGUCAUUUCAUUUGUACUAAUAAUUUGUUUGCCAUGAAAAUCUUUUUCAUUUUUUAUUACGUGAAGGUAAUGUUCGAACUGGGACGAGUACUUUUCUGAUCAAGUGAUACCCAAGUGAAAGUGUCACUGCAAGAUGUAUUCAAGUUCUGCAAUCCAAAAAUAAAUGUCCACUGUUGGAUGAUCUCUUAUUUAAUAGGUAUUUUCUAAAUAAAUUGUUACAAUCUGUUUCAGCAUCCAAAUACAUUGUGUUUGAAUAAAAAUUAAUGAACAAUGGUAUUUGGGUCUGUAAUACUGACAGUUUAAAAGGAAAAUGUUUACUUCAGGUUAAAGAACUUUGUAUAACCUCAGCAUCUAGACAAAGAUACUUCUUAAAGCCAGAAAAGGCUUAGAUUUUGGACACUACUCCUUAACCUACCCCAGGGACUCCAGUCACGGCCCUGGCUAAAAAAGAACUGUAAAGGAGCUCAGGAGUGUUGACACAAAGAUAUUAAAGACAACGACAGGUUCUGAUGGCAGAAAUGGAUUUCUUAGACCAUUUUUGGAAGGCAGAAUUUGAGUAUGGCUGCUCACUGCACUUUGCCUUUCAUUAAUCAAUACUUGCCUUCCUUUCACCACUAAUCAAAGUAUUUUCCCAAACACUAUUUCAGUUUUACAUAGACUUUGGGGAGAUUAAAAAAAAAAUUAACACAUUGUAUACUCACCAUCUUGAAUUGACAAUUAACAUUAAAAAAGAAAAAAGGCAAUGUCCUGUUUAUUUUCAUUUGCCUUCUUUCUACACACAACCCUCCUUGCCCUACACCUCCCACCCCAGCAUGAUGUAUUUAAAGGUGUUCUUUUUUUCAUACAUAUAUGCAUAUUCAUGAACACAGUAUUUUGUUCUAAAAUGCAAGUUGUUUUGCAACUUGCUUAACUGCUACAUAGUAUUCCACCAAAAGAAUAUUCAUCUUAUUUAUCCUAUAUUCUUUCUGAUGGACAUUUAUAUAUUUGUUUGCUGUAAUAAUGCUAAGGUGAACAUCCUUGUGUCUUUUUCAGCACAGUGCAGUAGUUCUUCUUAAGUAGCCAUCUUUUACCCCCAAGGGUACCCAAAGAACGUGGCAUGGAUAAUUCAAGAACUGCUUUUUAGAUCAAGUUCCAUAUAAGCGCUUUCAUAAAACUGACUUGCCUGUGUACACAAGCCAAUCAGUGUAUCAAGCCUGUUCUCCUUUCCCACCCUUCCCUUCUCAGAUUUCUCAAUGGGUAUCUCUCACCCCACGGGGAUCUAUUGGUCCAUUGCCCUGUUUAAAAAUCUUUGGGAAACCAAAGAAGACAAUUUGAAAUACUGGCCAGUGACGCCUCCUUUAA